AUGAGCAAGGCAAAGAAGAUCGAGGAACCUCCUGGUACCGAAAGCCGCUUGGCCACAGGAAGCGGCCCCUCAGCGCCUAAGUCCGGCUCCCUACUCCCUCUGACAGACAGCGGCAUGGUGGCCUCCAGACUCCCCACAAUUAAAUCCGCAACGCCGUCAAGCGUCAUCAGCCCUGCAGAGGAGCACUUGUCCGCAAAAACGGCUCCUGCUGACCAAUUGGUCAAAGCCCUGUCUCCUGGACAGAAAAAACCGGACUCGACCGCAAGUUCUAUGCAGCCCUUGGAGAAGGAAACUCUAAAAAAUACGUUAGUGAACUCCAAUAAAAGCGGCAGUUCGUUCAGUGGAUUCUUCACUAAGAAGUAUGAAAAGACGCCAGCCAAGCUAAUAACCAAAGAGGAUGGACAGGUAGACCCCUCUCAAACAGGAGUUUCGGCGCCACCGGCUGAUAGGAGGCCCGGUGAUGUGAUAAAUAAGGCCUCAAAGGCAGAGGAUACCAGCACUUUAAUCCAACCCUCUAAAGUGUCACUGGCUAGUUUGGCCAAGUCUAGGCCUCAGGGCCCAUCCGGUUCUCGAGUCCGAGGGGAAGAUUUGCCUGUGCCGGGCUUGAGGACGACGAGAACUGACCAGAAUGGGUUCGGACCUUUGGAUCCAACUCUGAAGACCACAUCGAACUUCCGCCAAAAGAGCUCUCCUCUCAGCCUAUCCAGACGCCAUAAGAUCAAAGGUACUUUAAGCAAAUAUUUUAAGCAUUCAAUAUCAUAUCUCUCCCCUCAUCCUUCUCGGAUCGUAGAUGAUGCUUAG